AUGUAUUCCCAAAGCACCUCCUCUCAAUUACCACUUUCAUCUUCAUCAUCCUCAGCCACACCAUCAAAUCUUCUCCAAUCAUUAUUAUGUAUGAAUAGUAAUAGUGUUCACCACAGUAAUUAUUCCAGCAGCAGUAAUGCGAGCAAUAACCAUUCCCAAAAUGAUUUAGAUCAAAAUAAUAAUUUUCAAUCAUCCCUUUCGGGAUUUGGUUUGAUGGGAUUUUCUCAUGCUCAACAACCACAACAACAACAAUUUAUGAUGUGGCCAAAUUUUCACGGAUACACUAAUAAUGCGUACCUUCCAUCUACAUUUUCACAAUCUUCCAAUACCGAAUUUCCAUCUUCUUCAUGGAAUCAAGAUUCAUCACAUUAUUUCCAUCAUGCGGGAUAUGAUUCCACCUCCUCACAACAACAAAUUGCACCAUCAAGUGGAUCAAACAUUCCUCCUCCAUGGAUGAUGAUGAAUGAUUGGGGAGGUGGAUCUGUCUAUAACGAUCAAGCAUUUGCAAUGUUUUCCGAGGAUACUAUUCUAAGCUCUUUGUCAAUCCCAUCCUCUUCUACCAUCUCUGAAGAUAGCCAUUCCACCAAACAUCAUGACGACAAAUCAUCAAUAUUAAAUUCUCUCCUCACAAGUACAUCCACAGUAAGCAGUGCCAAUACACUAACAUCGUCGUCUCCGAGUAUUAGUAGCAACAGUAAUGGAAAUUACAAUACUGUCAUCACUUCUAGUAAUCAAGCUCCGUGUCCUGAAAAAUCAACCCGAAAUGACAUUAGAAAACUUCACAUUCAACUGAGAGCCUCAUUGCGGUUGUUAGAAAUGGAGAAGCAGAAAAUUUCCAAACUUAAUUCAAAAGACACACACUAUAUUGUGGCUGAUCAAACAUUGGAGGAAACAAUUGCUCAUGUUAAAAAACUUCUCAACAUUGUAAAUAAGAAGCAAACUAAAGAAGAAAAAGAAUGUACAAAAUUGAUGAACAAACAACUCAAUCACACCGACUCUUCAGAACAAUCCAAUACUUUGGAAAAUUAUUACAAUAUGAGAAAAUUCUCUGAAAAUAUUUAUGGCUUCUUUCCCAAGCAUUUAGUUAGUAAGGUGAGAUAUGACUCUGAGUUGGCUCUCUCGUACUUGACACCAUUCAAUGACGCCUUUGAAAUUGCUUCAAUCAUGAAUGAGAUGAUCAAGCAACAGUCAGGAUUUUAUCCCAACCACAUCAUAGAUGGCACUGGUGGUUUAGGAGGAAAUGUUAUUGGUUUUUUGCGGUAUUUUUGGUCGAAGAGGUUGCACCGAAAAACUGUGAGCAUGAUUGAGCUCGACGAGAGACGAUGUAAAGAUGCUCAGUACAAUAUUAAUUUAUUUGAAAACGAAGAAAAGAAGUACGAUAAAGAUUGUGUGACAUGUCAUGUGGAGUGUGGCAACUUUAUUGAUUGGUGGAACAAAGAAAAACCUAAAAUGUCCGAAAACAAGCGCAGUGAAACACUCAUUUUCUUUGACCCUCCAUGGGGCAAUGCUGAUUACUCACUACAUGAAUUUAUCGAUGACUUGUACAUGAUUCAGGAAAAUUUAUCGCCUGUUAGCGUCAAGGCCUUUUCACAACAAUUACUAUUGGAGGACGGAGUUCAAUGUGUAGUGUUGAAGGUACCUUACAACUUUUCAGAAUAUAGUCUAUCAGAGACUCUAAAUGUGGAGUAUAUUUUAAUGAAAAAGGUGAAAUAUGUGCUAUUAUUCCCAUAUCAUCAAAGUUCACUUACCAGACUGUAA